GCGCAUGCGCGUUUAACUUACAUGGAUAGUCCAGAAAGAGUUAUCGCCUCAACGUUGUGAAGAGCGGGAGGCGUGCCUUAUAAAUUUACAUCCUCCCUCUAUAUAAAGUGAGAACUGAGCCUCCACACCCUUAAAUCAUUAAGAAGCGUUCAUAGUAAGCCAUGCCAGAGCCAGCGAAGUCCGCGCCCAAGAAGGGUUCCAAGAAAGCCGUUUCCAAAACCGCCACAAAAGGCGGUAAGAAGCGUCGAAAGUCUAGGAAAGAGAGUUAUGCUAUCUACGUUUACAAAGUGUUGAAGCAGGUCCACCCUGAUACCGGCAUUUCUUCCAAGGCGAUGGGAAUCAUGAAUUCUUUCGUCAACGACAUUUUUGAGCGCAUCGCCGGCGAAUCUUGCCGUCUGGCUCAUUACAACAAGCGUUCAACCAUCACCUCCAGGGAGAUCCAGACCGCCGUGCGCCUGUUGCUCCCGGGUGAGCUUGCCAAACACGCCGUCUCCGAGGGCACCAAGGCGGUGACCAAGUACACCAGCUCCAAGUAAACGGAUGCAAUUUGACAGUUCCAUAACAACCCAAAGGCUCUUUUAAGAGCCACUCACUCCUCUAUAAGAUGGAUGUUCCAUGGUGCUUGCCGUUGUCACCGUAUUGAUUUUGUUUUUGAGCAUAGGAUACACAUAGGCCUACAAUGUGCAGUUGGUCCCAAUACGAUUUGUUUACCAGUUUUGAACGUAUUCUUCAUCAUUGCGCUAAGGAUUGCGUAGUAAUGUGGGAGUUGGACCAUUUUACUGACAAGGGGUCUUUCUCUUUCAGUCAAAUUUCCAAAUCAUUUCAUACCAGUGAUUCAUUUAAGAUAGCCCCAUGUUUAUUUUUCUUCUGGAUGUGGACAAUUUGGCCAGAUCCAGAUGAUCCAAACUGACUGGUAGCUUUGUAGUGUGAUUAUGAUCUUUAGUUUUUGCUUCACACCUACUUUUGAAUUGGCAUUCAUGGAGGGAAGCACCCCUUUUCCUUUUGCCAGUACAUAAACAUUCAGGGCAAGCCCAUGAGAGCUAAACCCUAAACUUCUUGAUUUUAGAAUCAGAAUCCGGUUUAUUGCCAGGCAAGUUUACACAUACAAGAGAUUUGCUUUGGUAGAUUGGUGCAUUAACAUAUCUAGAAAUAUAAAGACGUAAAAAACAAGUACUGUAUGUUGAUGGACCUUAUAUGAAAAAUUGUCAGUAGGAAACAAUACAAUUAUAAUAAAGAAAAUUGUGUACAGUAAAUUUUCAGACAGCCUCUAAGUCAGCACUCUGCUCAGAGAUCUCUUGAUUUGGAAACCAACUAGUCUUGAUCUUCUUCAGAAUCAGAAUUCGGUUCUUGUCAUUGCUGCCCAAAACUGUAUUGUACAAAUUCCAAAUUUAUCACAGCCAGACAUAUUUUGGAGCUCUGAGAAACAAAGCAUUCUUAUUGCAUACCACUGCCUUUCCUUCUUCCCUUCUCUAUAGACUCAAAAACAUUUAUUUUGUAUUAUUGUUUCAGACUCGCAACACUUAUGAUAAGUGGUUGGGUGAGGCCCAUUUAAAAACCACAAAGGCUACUGGCUAGUCCCUUUAACCCCCUCUGAUGGGGAAAAGACUGCCUCUUCAACACCCACCGGCUUAUUUCAAUAUUAGACAUCCCUUCAGCCUCCAUAGAGCCCAGCCACAGUCCAACAGUUUUUGGACGUAGUCCUUAGACCCCAGCAGCGGAACAUGGCAGCCUAUCUCGAUUAUGUGGUAGUCCACUAGAAGGACUGGGAGGAUCAUCGGGACCAGGUGCGACGCGUUCUGAGUGCCCAUCGUGAAGCGGGUCUGGUUGCCAAUCAUAGGAAAUGUUUUGCGGAUCAAAGGAAGGUACAAUACCUGGGCUAUUCUGUUGGCCGUGGGCUCCUUACGGCCCAAAGUAAGAAGGUAGAGGUGGUGAAGAACUGGCCUCGCCCCACAACCAAGACCUCAGUACUUAGAUCUGGCCAGUUAUUACAGAAGGUCCAUCCCUUUCUUUGGUGACAACUCUAAGAGCCCUGCUUUGCUGCACUUUGAGAAUAUCCAGGAAGCAAGAGGGCAGCAGUGUGAGUUUGGGGAGAGUCAGAGGGACAGGGGGAAGCCCUCUUCACCCAGCCCCUCUGAAGAGGACAAUGUUAUCC